ACAGCUCCUUAUGGUGAGCAUUGGAGAAGAAUGAGAAGCAUCUGUGUGCUUCAGCUUUUAAGUAACAAGAGGGUUCAGUCUUUUAGGGGUGUUAGAGAAGAAGAGCUGGGCUUGCUGGUUGAUAAUGUGAAGCAGUCUUGUUUGUUGUCAUUGCCUGUGAAUUUGAGAUAUGUUUGCUGGUGGAACUGAUACAACUUUACACAGUUCUAGAGUGGGUAAUGACCCGACCCUUAAGGCAUCCCAGAGUGUUGAAAAAAGUUCAAAAUGAGAUUAUGGGAAUUGCCAAUAGCAAACCAGACAUAGCAGAAAUUGACUUAGAUCAAAUGCACUACUUAAAAGCAGUGAUCGAGGCGCUUCGGCUAUAUCCUCCAAUACCUUUACUGGCUCCCCGAGAAUCAACCAAAGAUGUGAAGAUAAAGGGCUGUGACAUAGCAGCAAGAACCAUGGUCCUUGUCAAUGCCUGGACAAUUGGAAGAGAUCCCUCACUGUGGGAUGAACCGGAAAGGGUCUUGAACUCUGCUGUGGAUUUCAAAGGACGUGACUUCCAGUUAAUCCCAUUUGUGCACAAGUUUGACUGGGCAUUGCCUUGUGGAGCAAGAGCUGAGGACAUGAACAUGACAGAAUGGACAGGUCUUGUCAUCCACAGACAAGUUCCUCCUCUUGCUGUGCCAAAGCUUAGGCCUUUUUAGAAUUUCUUUGUUUCCCUUUUCUUUUUAUCCUUUGGCUUGGCUUGUGAACAUGUCUAUGUGAUUAUAUGUCAUUUUUAUUGGGAACAAGUACUGCUUAAUGAGGGUACCUAAAAUAAUCCUUGCAUAUAAAGAUGAGCGACAUAAACUAGGGUAUAGUUGAGUUUGGUUUGGUUCGGUUUGAAAUGUUUUGAUACUGUGGGAAUGAUUGAUGAAAAA